CCAGGAUCAGGUUCUGGGGGAUGCGGUCUUGUCAAAGGGAGAAUGAGGCCGGGGUGCUACUGGGAGCUGGAGCUGGGAGGGCGGAAGCGCGGCCGCGCGCCGCUCGCAGAAGGCCGUGAGUGUGAAUGAGGGGCCGGGCCAGCGAGCGCUUGUGGGCGGAGAACGCCGAGGAGGGUGAACAGGGCUAGCAGCUCCCGGGUCGGCCAGGUGGCUUGGACCGGCGCCAGCAUCCAGCGCCGGCGGCUGGAUAGCGGCAGCAGCAUGAGUGCUCCCCAGCCUGCCAUGCCAGAGCUAAGCCCAGCUGAGGAGGCUAGAGGCCCAGCAGGGAAGGCUGCAGUGGGUGCCCGGGAGAAGGGCCCUCGGCUGGGCCAGCGGCUGCCCUCGAUUGUGGUAGAGCCCAGCGAAGUAGGUGCUGUGGAGAGUGGGGAGCUGCGUUGGCCCCCAGAGGGUGCCCAGAAGGGGUCCACCCACAGCCAGGCUGUUGCUGCCCCCUCACUGAGUCUGCCGGGACUGCCAGGGAAGGCUCCGGAUGACGCCGGCAGCGAGUGUGCCUGCUCCAAGGACCAAGACCCCCCGGCCCAGUGAGAAGACAAGGACAUAGCCAGAUUCUGCUGUCCCAGGGCUCUGCCCACCCUGCCCCUGCUCUCUGACAGUUGAGAGGGCCUCAGCCCCAGGGUGGCCCAACUGACUCACAGAGAGGGCUGGGCCUGCCCAGCACCCAGUGGGCAGAGCCAAGCCACUGCCUCUGGCUGCACCAGACUGGCCAGAACCAUAGCCACUGCCCUCUCCCAUCCACGGCCCAGGGUCUGGGUCACAUCCCUCCUUCUUCCAUGAUUUGAAGCUGAAAUAAAUCUCUUCCUGGUGGUCA